AUAUUUAAUGACUUCUACCACUGCGACCAAGGUCAAUUACGAAGUACGAGAUGCCAUUCCUAGUGACGUCCCUACACUUGUCAAAGUCAUAAACUUGGCAUAUCGUACAAGUGGUGGUUGGACUAGUGAGGUUCAUUUGAUUGCAGAAGAUCGAGUAUCCGAAAAAGACCUGCUUGCAACUAUCCUCGACCCAGCUGUCCAUAUUUUUACAAUUAUUAACAAGGACACUGGUCGUAUUAUUGGCAGCAUGGAAGUAGAGCACUUUGAUACUGUUUCUAAACAGAUCGUUACAGAUUCACCUGCAUGCUUCCAAUCGGAUGCAGUGUUACUUGGUCUCCUUGCUAUUGAACCCGAGUAUCAAAGCCGCGGUGCUGGAGCGUUUAUGAUGCAAGCUGUCUUGACAAAAUGUCGCUCCAUGCAGCCCAAGAAAACAACUGCUAUUUUGCAUGUUAUUCACUCAAGGACUGAAUUGAUUACUUGGUAUAUGCGCAUUGGGUUUAAACCUAAUGGGAGAUCCAUCAACUUUGUUAAUCCUCAUUUACAAAAAGUGGAGGAUGCUCACUUUGAUGAAUAUGAGAUGCCUCUCUAAGCUGGAUAUGCUUUGUUCUUUGUCGUUUUUGUUACGGAUCUUGUACUAAUAAACGGUCAUGUUUGGAGCUAUUUCU